GAAAAAACAUAUAGUACAAAUGCAUAUAUACCACAACAGACAAUGCAAGCCUCCAGAACGGAUGGGAUCCGUCUGCAUGAGGAAUCAAAGGACAAGGAUGAUCAGCUGGAAACCAGAUUAUAAAAUCAUCAAUCAAUGCCUUUUGAUUCGCCGCGCGCUUGUUUAAUGUUUAAUGGGGGGGAUGAGUAUCCGCUGUCACAUGGGCACAGGAGGGGGGAUGGAUGCCAUUACAAUCCUAAUCAUGGAAUCAUGGAUUAAACUUUUCCCCCUUUUCCUUUCAUCAGGAUACCAGGCCAUAAUACUUGCAUUGACUAGCUCAUUUGGGAUGAAUACUAUAACUCCAAAUGUUUUUGUCUCUGUCCUCCAGGCCCUUGCAUCUUUUCUUUUCUUUUUUUCCAGUACUUCUAAAUUCCAAGAAACACAACCGGCCUCUCCACAAUGAUCAAUCGAUCGACCGAUCGGUGUUCCCAUUGACGGCAGAGACAGUCAGCAGACAAAUCAUUAUUCCUGUACCUGCGCAAUUAUCUGUGCAAUUAUGGGGAAGCUCACCGUUCUGAAGAACUGAUCACCACAGACACGCUCAACGUGCUUCAUCUCGGAUUGGAGAAGCAGAUACGGAUUUCCGAAUGAAAAUUGCUAGGGUAUCUAGCUGCAUGCCCAUGGUAAACAAAGGGGAGAAGAUGCCCUCUGUCCUGGAAUACCAACAUCUGAUGCCACCACUUCUUUUUCCCCAGGACCCCAACUGUGAUGAUUGACGGGGAGCUUUUCCACAGAGACAAGUGAUCCAGUGACUUACCUGAAAAGCAAGAGAAAUAAAGGACAAUACUUAGGUCUGACACAUAAAAUCUUGCAGGUGGGAGAAAAUGAGGUGCACAUGCACGCACGCACGCACAGCACAACACAGCACAGCAGCUAACAAAAUUGGGACUUAAUUGGCAACAGAAGAAAGGUGGACAUGGCCUCCCAGUCCCAGCACUCCAGCAGUAGUCUGCUGCUUUCUUUGCCCCUGCAUGAAACACUCGUGAUGUACAAGUAGCUGCAGGAAAGAAAAUAAAAGGAGAGGAAAAAAGGAUUUAAAAGAGAGAAAAUUUCUGAUUUCUAGUAGAAAAUGGUGUACUGGCUGGGUCGCAGUCAAUCAACAUGGGAGCAAGAACAUCAGUCCUUGUCCUAAUAAUGUAAACCCUGAUGGACUGGUUUUACUUUCACUUGCUGACUGAUUCUCAUCAAACAAGUACACUGGAAAUGGGAAACGAGAUAAAAGGAAAAAAAAAAAGGCGAAGAAGGAAGAAGAUGGAACAGUUUUUUGUACAAGGCCGCGACAAUUAAAAUAUCGGUGGAGACGGACGGCAACCCCACCAGUUUUGGCACCGGACAUAGAUUCUUAGGAGAUGACGAGACAGACCCCCCACACGCACAGCCAGGAAGCAACCAAGGCAAGGGGUUAAACCUCCCUUCUCACAACCACCACCACCACCACCACCACCUUUAAAAGAAGGUGCUAAAGGGGGUGUCCUGCAAAGAAAAGGAGAGGAGUGCCCCCUAACCUUUCCCUGCUUUCCACUGAAAUCUCCUAUCCGCAACCAUACAGUUGCUCAAUUCUGGUCUCAGCCAAAGCCCCAAUCAUUCAUCGUUAUAUAGGUCACUAUACCCUCCCUUGCAUUUCCCACCACCACCCCUUGAAGCCAUGAAUCGCUGAAGAAGUCGUCUGCGCUACUGCUACCACCGGGGAAGGAUUAGCUGCGCAGAAUUGUGCGAGCGAAGCCUGCCAGCCGUGCGAAUUUCAAGCUCCGAGGUCCUGCAUUGCACUGAAAUGGGGAGGCAUUCUUGCUGCUACAAGCAGAAAUUGAGGAAGGGGCUCUGGUCCCCUGAGGAGGAUGAGAAGCUCAUGAAUCACAUAACCAAGCAUGGCCAUGGCUGCUGGAGUUCUGUUCCUAAACUUGCAGGGCUCCAAAGAUGCGGCAAGAGCUGCAGGCUGAGGUGGAUAAACUAUCUGAGGCCUGACCUCAAGAGAGGUGCAUUCUCUCAGGAGGAAGAAGACCUCAUCAUUGAGCUCCAUGCUGUCCUUGGGAACAGGUGGUCUCAGAUUGCAGCUCAGCUGCCUGGGAGGACUGACAACGAGAUCAAGAAUCUCUGGAAUUCUUGCAUCAAGAAGAAGCUCCGGCAGAAAGGCAUUGAUCCCAACACCCACAAGCCCCUCACCGAGGCUGAUCGCAGGGGAGCAGCACCCACAGUCAGCACCGAGAGGACCUCAGGGUCCAGCGACGUCAACCCGUCAAGUGCUGGUGCUCUAGGGAACUUGAGCCACCUCCUCAGCGAGACAGCACAAUCAUCAAUGCUGCUGCCGGUGUAUGAUAAGAAUCACCCUGAAACUGCAAGCUUGCCACGCCCUAAGGUGCCACCAAAGGAGUUGUUUCUUGACCAGCUUACUGCCGGUCACGAGAGCCCAUCAAGUUGCCGCUCAUCAGGUCCAACCCUGUAUUUUCCUUUCCAGCAACCAUUAGGCUACAGUAAUGAAUGUGGCACUGGGGAUGGUGCGAGUAUGAAUUCACUCUGGUUCAACCAGAAUGAUUUCAACUGCAGCACAAUCUCCACCGUGAUGCCACCAGUUUCACCAUCAGCCCUCUCAACAUCAAUGGGGCUGAAUCUUCCCCCAGAAAAUCCUCGUCACGGAGGCACUGGCAUUGGCAACACCCCGUUCUACUGGGAUGGUUCCAAUCCUAGCAGCAGCGGCAGUACUGGGAGCAGCGGAAGCAACAGUAUGGGAUUCGAGCCACAGAGCACAACCUCAAUUUUGGAGAACAGUGUAUUCCCAUGGACAGAUAUCGGACAAGAGAAAGAUACCAGAGUUCACUUAGUGGAGGAACUCAAGUGGCCUGAUUUGCUCCAUGGAACCUUUGCUGAGGCGACGACAGCCAUGCAGAACCAGAGCCAAUCAUUAUACGAUGAUGUGAUCAAGGCAGAGAGCCAAUUCAACAUGGAAGGGAUAUGUGCCUCUUGGUUCCAGAAUCAGCAACCACAACAACAGCUGCAAGCAGCAUCAGACAUGUAUGAUAAAGACUUGCAAAGAUUGCCCUUGUCUUUUGAACAUAUCUAGGUGCAAUGCUACGCCAUGCAUGGAACAGAGCAGAGAUCAGAAGAAGCAGAAACUUGUAACUCUCGCAUAUUGAUUGGCAGGCAAAACACUGAAGUGUUUGAUGUUUUGACACAGAAUCGACCUCAACACUUUCUCCUCACUUAAAGAUCCUACAGUGUCAUGGAAAAGACAGCUCUGGCCUUACGAGUAGCAGAAGAAGGGAUAGAAAAGUACGUUCUAGAGUCUCCCUCUUUUCUCUUGAAAUUUGCUGUUUUUUGUACACGACAACUCAACUUUUGGAUACUUGAGUUUUGGUUCACUCUGUUUAUCAAAUAAAUAUAGACACGCAUGGGCAAAACAUGUGUCGGUAGCUCUCACAAACCAUACAAGUAGUCCCAAGCUUUUCAACUGCUACCAUGCACGUACAUGCAAAUUAAUUAUUGCAUGUUGUAUUUUUAUUUCUUUUGAGAAGUUGCCGACAAAGUGCAGUUGUAUAUUUGUAAAGGAAAAAAAUUGGAACAUUGACCCAAGAGUUAUUUUCA